UCUACACGGUCAACCGGCCUCAAUACCUGCUAAUACAUUUCCGCAAUACACGUUCGACCACCGAUACAGUGAUAUGGAAGUGAUUUCUCAGGCCGACGCGCUUUUCCCACAGUCAUCAUGGGCCCAGGGGUGCAGUCUUAUCGGAAACAUGAUCCAGCCCAUUCUCAGCUUUGCAAUGAUUCCUGAGACUCGAUCAGAGUA